UAGUGUCAACUAUUUUCGCUAACAGCACAUAAUGGAUCUCGAUCUCUAGUGAUAAGCAGAGACUGACAAGUGUUUUGAUCAUCGUCUGCACAGUUGUGGGCAUCUUCUGUCAAGGCCGACUAUCUGUGACAGAACAUGAAUCAGUUAUUGAGUUUUGUCAUCAUUGCCACCAUAAUGUUGGUGGCUGCACAGAACUGCCAUUGUGAGACAAAAGUGCAACAAGCCAGGGGAAAAAUAAUUCAGACACCAGAACUGUGGGGUGCUCUUGGCUGUAUUAUAACAGAUGAUGACACGACCAAGUGCAUCAGGGACCACACUAUCACCGUUGGUAGGAAGGAUGAGGAUGAUGCAAGUGAUGAGGAAGUGAAUGUCUCCUCAGAAGACAAUAGUCCAGGAUUAUUUGAUGCCAUUAGUGCAUUUGUGAAUGAUGGAAUCUUCAGGUUCUUUGAAGAUGGUGAAAAGGACAAAAACGAAGAGACUGAUUCUCAAAAUGAUUCAGAUGAGCAUUAUGAUGAUACCGAUGAUGAUGAUGAUGAUGAUUAUGACGAUGAUGAAAACGGAGGUGGUGGUGGUGGUGAUGACGCAGACGAUGAUGACGAUGAAGAUGAUUACGAUUCUAAUGAAGAUCUGGAUGAUACAAGCAACUUUGUGAGCACAUCCAACAGGACCACUUCAGUGGCCAUAAAAAGGAAAAAUAAAAGAAGUGUCGAAGCUGAAGAAAGCAGGAGGAGGAGAAGAAAGGGAGACAAGAUGAUGAAGCUAAUGAUGCUGGGAAUGAUGCUAAAAUCUAAAUUGAAUACCAUCAUGAUGGUGUUUGGUGCUUUCAUGCAACUCAAAUUCUUUGCUCUGUCAAUGCUGAACCUGCUAGUUGGAUUGGUACGUCUAUAUAUAGACCUCACAAAGAAAAAGGAGCCACAGAAAGUGAUCUACUAUGAGCAGGCUCACCACCAGCAUGUGUAUGACCAGCAGCAUGAAGACAAGGGUUGGCUAGGAGGCUGGCUCUCCAAGAAUGAUGAUACUUUCAGUCAUGACAUAAAUGGUGAUCCACACAGCAUGGCAUACUAUGCCCAGAAACCAAUGACAUAA